AUGCACACCCGCAAGGUGGGCAUAAGGAUGCUCGUAGCCGUGGUGGUGGCGUUCUUCGUGUGCUGGGCGCCCUUCCACGCUCAGCGGCUCAUGUUCGUCAUCGUCACCAGCUACGGCAAGUGGACCGCCCAUCUCCGCUCCGUCAACACCAAGCUCUACUACUUUACCGGUAUCUGCUACUACCUCAACUCGGCCGUCAACCCCAUCCUCUACUCCGUCAUGUCAGUCCGCUUCCGCAUCGCCUUCCGGAGAUCACUGUGCGGGGGAAAGGAGUGGGCGAGGAGACAGCUCUACCUCUCCAACACUCACGGCCACCUACACCUCUCCAACAACUCCAACAUACUCAACAGGACGUCCACCACCUCCACCAGACGGGUUCUCGAGACCAGCAACCGAAAUGGGAUUAAUUACGUAUUCGAGCAGAUGGAGAUUGAGGCUUGAAUCUCUGACCAA